GAUUUAUUUUCAUUCUGGUUACCAUGUACGUAGAGAUACUGAUACUUGGUGCCUGGUUACCAUGUACGUAGACACUCCGUUUUUGUAUUAAAAAUUUAUUUUGGCCGGACCCUAACCCGAACACAAAUAUGAAUUAAACUCGGGAAUCUUAACACUCGCCAAAAUAAUAAUAAAAAAACCCUCACAAUCUUCACGUUUACCUGGCAAAUUAUCAGUUUUUCAAAAUGGCUGCUGAUGGAACGUGAAGGCAAUUUCCAAAGGGUGCCUAAAGAUCUAGAUGCUCAAGUAGCGGAGUACCAAGUGUUCGUGAUCAUGGCGGAAGUUCCCAAGAUAGCCGCAGAGGCAGUUCUUGCCAAGAGCGAACCUAUGCCUGAGGGCUCUGAGGUUGUUCGUGGCUAUGAUUUCAAUGAGGGUGUGAACUACCACAAACUGUUUGAGUCAAUGGUUACAACAGGAUUCCAGGCCACCAGCGUGGGACGAGCCAUUCAGGAAAUCAACAAAAUGGUUGACUGUAUUGUGUCUACUGCGGGAGGAAUUGAAGAAGAUUUCAUCAAGUGCCUGGCGCCUACGUACCUGGGAGACUUUUCCCUCUCUGGCCGCACGCUACGCAGCAAGGGCAUCAACCGCAUUGGUAACCUGCUGGUGCCCAACUCUAAUUACUGUCUAUUUGAGGACUGGCUGAUGCCCAUUCUGGACAACAUGCUGCAUGAGCAAAAAGAGACCGGCACUCUGUGGACCCCAUCCAAGAUGAUAGCCCGACUGGGCAAGGAGAUCGACAACCCAGAGUCUGUCUACUACUGGGCGUACAAAAACAACAUUCCUGUGCUGUGUCCGGCACUGACGGACGGUUCAAUUGGAGACAUGAUCUACUUCCACUCGUACCAGAAGCCAGGCCUGGUGGUGGACAUUGUGGAUGACAUCCGCAUGAUGAACAGCCAAGCGGUGCACGCGGUCAACUCAGGGAUGAUCAUCCUUGGAGGCGGGCUCGUCAAACACCACACGUGUAACGCUAACCUUAUGCGGAAUGGUGCAGACUUCUCAGUAUUUGUCAACACAGCCAAUGAGUUUGACGGGAGUGACUCGGGAGCACGGCCAGAUGAGGCAAUCUCUUGGGGCAAGAUCAAAGCUUCUGCCACACCCGUCAAGGUCUAUGGAGAGGCAUCUGUCAUCUUCCCCAUUCUCCUUGCUGAGAGUUUCGCUGGCAGAGAGAAGGAGUUUAAGGAUUUCUAUGCCAAGAGGAAAUAACAGACACCCUCACAUCACACCCCCCCCCCCCCCCCCAGCUCUUUGUAGACAUAACUGU